CGUCCAUCGGAAUCUUCCUUGAGGAGAGUCAGGCUCCACCAUGGCUGGGAUCGGGAUACGUAGAGGGCGCCACACGCGCAAUCGAGCGUUCAGCUCGACGACGUCUGCCUCUUCGUUCUCCCAGCAGUCGCAGUCGCAAGCGCAUCUUGCGAUUGGCAGCGCCCGAGGGUCCUACGAUGGCGGCGCGCUCGGGGUGGACCCAAUGACGCUGGACCCGGACGAGGCGCUGACGAGGCUGAGCGUGCGCGAGGUGCAGGCGGUCGAGGAGAAGCUCCGCCAUGCGCACGAGAACCUGGCCGCGAAGCUCAGGACGCUCGUGGCGGAGCGGUACCGCGAGAUGCUCGGCACGGCCAAUACGCUGAUGGACAUGGGCGAGAGCUCGACGAAGCUCGUCGAGAGGCUCGAUGCGGCACAGGAGCUCAUCGAACGCGCGGCCGAGGAGCGCGAAAAGGUGGCCAAGGAAGGAGAGAGGACAUCGCCAGAGAGGAGCAGGCAGGACAUUAGCGACAUAGACGUCGAUGAAGUAGAUGACCAGCGGGUGUUUGCGAUUGCUGCGGCGACAAAGCUCGUCAGCGAGGCGCCCGACGAGGUCUGGAGAGCCAUCGACAUUGCCUCGUCCUCGUCAUCGGCCGCGACUUCGUCUGCUUCGCCUUCAAUGGCGACGACGCUGGCAGCCGAGGCAGAGUUCAAGGCUGCAACUGUCCUCCGGGCCGCGUGGAUCUAUACGCUUGCAAGGGCGACGUGGGACUGGCUCUCCUCUUCGCCCCAGGCCAGAGAGACUGUCGACCAUUUCAUAGUUGACGAGCAAUUCCCGUACGUCGCGAAGCAGUGGAGCUCGCUGUCGCCCAUGUCCAGUAGCAUCUCCAAGGUCGCAAAGGAGGGAUUGGUGGGCUGGCUUGAAGACACUACUUCGAGGAAGGGCAAAGGAAAGAUGCCCCGCUGGGACGAUGUCUCAGCGACAUUCGCCAGUACGACGACGAGCCUCGUCAGCAUGGCAAUCCACCAAGGACUCUCUCUACCAAGUGCCUUGGAGACCAUGCUCGCUAUCCGGCACCGUAACAUGACGCACCAGCUCGCAAGGCUCGUUCAUGCUCUCUCGAGGGGCGACAUCGACUCGUUAAUCGCUGCACAGCGCCUUUCCUUUCUCAUAAGGGUCGUGGCCGACACCAUGCUACAUGCGUUGCAACUAUUUGCUCUACCAUCGCCCUCAAGCGCGGGCGAGGCCCACGAUGAGCCUUACCUCUUGGCACUUCUUGGCCGUCUCGUUCGACCGAUCAAAAGCAAAGGUCAGGCCGCUUUCCCGCCAAUGGCCAUCGACGUCAUCCAGACAAUGCCGUCCUCGACGCUCCUCGCCGCGCACCUACCGGACUCGAUCAAGACACUGUCGCCUGAAAUGACCCUGACUGAUGAUGGGCUCAAUAGCAGCGAAGCGUUAUCCAAGAUCGACAAGUGGGCCCAGACGGUGGAGAGUACCGAAAUUCGAGAAGAUGGGAACGUCGUCAAUCGACUUGUCGGGCGUCUCUCAUCGCUUGUAGAGGUUGGCGAGGUCCACAUUCGGGUCGAGGACCAGCUGCGUCGUGCGAUCAAGAGAGCCCAAAGAGAUCUUGCUGGCGGCUCAGGACGCGGCGACACACUGCGAGCGAAAUGUGUUGACAUGUUGGAGAAGAGGCUGGGUUCUUUGAGCAAGGCCAUUCAACUGGAGCUUGGAAAGAGGAUGGAGGACAUCUGUCGGGAUCGAGCCAACGGGCUUGCGCAGGCCGUGGCAAAAGGGGCUCGCGAGGCUCUCGUCGAUGAGCAGGCCUCUUUGGCGCUGGAUGGCGGCAGGAGAGGCAAAGGCUCGAAUGAUGCCUUUGACCCGCUCUCGAUCCUAUUUGAGCCAGAGGCGAGCCCCAGUCGAAAGGUUACAUCCGCAUCCCAUAUCGUUGGGAGAGGUGCCGAGGCGGAAGGCGUUGGAGCCGACGAAGAUGAUGACGAAGAGGCGUCGUGCCGUUCAGACCGCGUCGAAGUGCUCGCAUCAAGGCUAUCGCUCCGCUCUAGGCGCAUCGAUGGCCUGCUGGCGUUUACGGAAAACAAGGCGAGGAUCAUGGUGGGCGAGCUUCGGGCGUACGAAUCUAUGAUGGCGUCGCACCGGCAGAGGAAGACAGAGGAGAAGCUGGAGGACGGAGAGAGAGGAGGAAAUCGGGAGCAGAGGCAGGAUAUUGAGAAACUGUACAGGGGAGCCGCCAAGACAGCUUCGGAGGAGAUCUUGAAGAGCUUCCAGGGCUUGAUGAAGGACGUCGUCGAGCCAAAAUCGAUUCCUCGAGAUUCCCGGGGCGGAUAUCGGAUAGGGGAGGAAGAGCACGAGGCUGAGAAGGAAGAAGAGAGCACCGACACCGCUCAGCUCCUCCUGCUCUCAAGAAUCACCUCGGGACUUGCCCAGAGCAGACGUCUCACCGACGCCCUCUCUCCCAGAAAUCUGGCGACGGAGUUUGAUCACUUGCAGCUUCGCCACGGCCUCGACGACAUCCGAAGAGCCUGUCUGGAGCCAUGGAAGGGACGAGUCGUCGAUGAUGCCCUCAAAAACUAUUUCGCCAGCGGGAGGAAGGAGGCGGCGGCGACAGCUAGUCAAAGCAAUGAAGGCGACUGGCCCGUCAAACCUUCGUCCAGGCUCGUGGGCGCGCUCUCAUUCAUGACGCAGGCCCUUCAGAUGGCAGGAUGUGCGUCGCAGGAUGAGCUGAUGCGCCUGUCGAGACAGCUCCUGGAUCUCUUCAGUGAGAGGAUCACCGCACAGAGGCGAGGGGUUAGCGGGAGCGCCGAGGAACGCUUCGACGACGCGGUCCUUGGUGCGUUGAAGGGCAUCCUUGGCAGCGCCUCGGGCCAGGACAGCGCCAUCAAGGGAGACGAGAGAUGGCAAGACCACAUCGAGAAGCACGUUCGCGCUUCGCUCGUGCCGAUUCGACUGCUCGUGGCCCCCUUUACGGUUGGAUUGACGGCGAAACGGGUGCCAGAAGAACACUCGUUGGCGAUUCUGUGGGGCGACAAGCGGGAGAAGGGAGGAGCAGAGCCGGGAAGUCGGGUCCCGAGCAUCUCGAGGCUCGUUGAUGCAGAGAGAGCCGAGCCAGUGGCUUUACUCCCUGUCACUUGACAUUGACCAGAGUGUUGCAAAUGUAUGUUAUUACCAAGACAAGCUCAAUUAAAUCCAUCAUUGUCCAAAAGGAGAC